AUGGCAACCGAGGCACAACGGAUGCUGCUGUUGUCACUACUGGAGGAAGCUCCAGAACUCUACAAUAAGCGGACCUUCCUCCGGGGUGAGACAGCAGCUGAUCGCCGUGCCAAAUGGGACCGGAUUGCUGCCACCCUUAAUGCUGUUGGGGCAUUUAAUAAAGAUGCUAAUGGGUGGCAGCAGCUCUGGAAAGACUGGAGGUACCGUGUACGCAGCCGCGCACGGGAGAUGACGGCGGAAAAUGCAGGCCACGGGUGGAGGCAGUGGGUACGUGGUGACCAGUCAGGGGGCCACUCCUGUGGACAUCGCUGCCCACCUGUCUGGACUCGACCAGAGGUUAAUGGCCCUUGUUGGAUGAGACUCCUCCUCACGAUUUCCCAGAGGAGUGGAGCCAUCUGCGAAACCGGAGCCAUGGAAGUGAGACUUCCUGUCUCUGCUGACCAAGCACCUCCUCUGUCUGACAGCAGGCGUCAGCGCACAGGUGGUGCAUGCCGACGACGGAGGAGAAGAGUUCCUCCCUCUAUGGCUGGGCAACUCAUGCAGCGGCAGCAAGAGUUGCUCAGCGAGCAGAAGGCUCCCCUGGAAGAGCAGAAGAAGACGGUCAACUGUUUGACCACGAUUUGUCAGCUGCUCACUCCUAUGAGCGGAUCGUUCGCUCAUCACCUGGAGAGAGACAGACGAAAUGACAGUCAAUGA